AUGUAUUUGAAUCACUAGAGAGGUAGAGAGACAAAACCCUUUUUUUCCUCUUCCCCGAAGCAAAACCCUUCCUUCUCCUUGGCGGCUGCGGCCAAAUUUUUUACCCCCUUUUCUUCUUCCCUCUCUUCCUCUUCCUCUUCCUCUUUCUAUCUCUUAAACCCUAGAUUCGAUCUGGGUUUUUCUGAUUCCGUUUAGGGUUUCUCUAUCUUCUUUUUCUUCUUCUCUUUUAUCUUUUUUUGGUCGCAUCGCCCCCUCUAUCCGAGAAGGAUCUAUCCAAUCUUCGUUUGUCGAAUCUCCUAUCAUGGCUACCGUUGCUCCCCCUGCUGAUCAAGCUGCAGAUCUGUUGCAGAAACUAUCUUUGGACUCGCAAGCAAAAGCUUCGGAGAUCCCUGAGCCAAACAAAAAGACUGCCGUCUACCAGUACGGAGGCGUGGAUGCUCAUGGUCAAGUUCCUUCUUAUGAUCGAUCCUUGACACCGUUGCUUCCCAGUGAUGCCGCGGACCCUUCUGUUUGCUAUCUUCCUAAUCCCUACACUCCCUAUUAUUAUAAUGUUUCAGCAUAUGGGAGUGGUCAGGAGUGGACAGACUACGCAGCUUACACAAAUUCGGAGGGUGUUGAUAUGAAUUCCGGAAUUUAUGGAGAGAAUGGAACUGUUGUGUAUCCUCCGGGUUACACGUAUGCAACAUAUCCUUACUCGCCAGCUACAAGCCCUGCUCCACAGGUUGGCGGAGAUGGGCAGUUGUAUGGUGCUCAGCAGUAUCAAUAUCCUGCCUAUUUUCCAAACAGUGGACCCUUUGCUUCAUCUGUGGCUACUCCUACCCAGGGGGAUCUUUCCGCAAACAAAGCUGCUGGUGUGAAGACACUACCUGCGGAUAGCACUAAUGUUGCUUCUGCUACUGGUAUCACAAAAGGAAGUAAUGGAUCAGCUCCAGUGAAACCAACUAACCAGACCGCACUUAACACCUCAAGUAAUUUGUAUGGAAUGGGUGCUCCAGGAGGAGGUUUUGCUACUGGUUAUCAGCAGGAUCCCAGGUUUAACUAUGAUGCGUAUUAUGCUCCUGUGCCGUGGCACGAUGGCUCUAAGUACUCAGAUGUGCAAAGACCUGUGUCUGGUAGUGGAAUUGCGUCCUCCUAUUCCAAGUCUAGCACUGUACCUUCAUCGAGGAACCAAAACUACCGCUCAAAUUCUCAUUACGCGAGUGUGCACCAGCAUGCAUCUGUGACGGGAUAUGGUACAAGUCAGGCAUACUACAACAGGAUGUAUUCAAACAAGGUGUAUGGUCAGUAUGGUAGCACCGGGAGGUCUGGUAUGGGUUAUGGUUCUUCAGGGUAUGAUUCAAGAACAAAUGGAAGAGGUUGGGUGACCACAGACAACAAAUACAGAAGCUGGGGAAGGGGUAACAGUUACUUCUAUGGAAAUGAGAACAAUGUAGAUGGUUUGAAUGAACUUAACAGAGGACCUAGAGCUAAGGGUACAAAGAACCAGAAGGGAAAUUUAGAAGAUAGCUUAGAGGUUAAGGAGCAGACUGGAGAACCAAAUGUAACAGAGAUUGGGGAGGCUGAUAGCACAUGUGUUGUUCCUGACAGAGAACAGUACAACAAAGAAGAUUUCCCAGUGGAUUAUGGAAAUGCCAUGUUCUUUAUCAUCAAGUCGUACAGUGAAGAUGAUGUGCACAAGAGCAUUAAAUAUAAUGUUUGGGCUAGCACACCAAAUGGAAACAAGAAGCUUGCUGCAGCAUACCAGGAAGCUCAGCAGAAACCUGGCGGCUGUCCCAUCUUUCUCUUUUUCUCGGUUAAUGCAAGUGGACAAUUUGUUGGUCUUGCUGAAAUGACAGGACCAGUAGAUUUCAAUACGAAUGUGGAGUACUGGCAGCAAGAUAAGUGGACUGGCUCUUUCCCCCUCAAGUGGCAUAUUGUGAAGGAUGUUCCAAACAGUUUGCUAAAACAUAUCACCCUUGAGAACAAUGAGAACAAACCAGUUACCAACAGCAGAGACACACAAGAGGUUAAAUUGGAGCAAGGUUUGAAGAUUGUGAAAAUUUUCAAGGAGCAUUGCAGUAAGACUUGCAUUUUGGAUGAUUUCUCAUUCUACGAGGUUCGACAGAAGACUAUUCUGGAGAAGAAAGCCAAGCAGCAGCAAACCCAGAAACAGGUAAGCGAGGAGAAGACAACUGAAGAAAAAAAGGAAUCUGCAACUGCGGAUUCAGCAAGUAAAGAUUCUCCUUCAGCAGUUCAAACUACUGGUGAUGUCAAGGUUGCUGAGAAUGGGUCUGUAACUAAACCAGUCCCAGUCGAUGUGGUGGCAAAUGGUUGCUAGCUCAGAGGACGUUGCUCACGGCUAGAGCUUAAAAAGGACAAGAGAGAGAGGAUAUGAACAAUCGCGUUUACAGAUUCUCUUAAGAAAGACUGCCGUGAGCCUUGAAGCAGCAUGGAAGGGGAGCCUCUAGUACCUGAGAUGAUCCGUUUCUUUGCGCUUAGAAGUUUUAAAUCCCAGUUUUCUUUUCUUCAAUCAUUUCUUUGUUUCCAUUUUCCUUUUCUAUAAAUCUCAGUGUCGUUACAAGUUUAUGUUGGUUUUUUUUUUUUUUCAUUUUCUGGUGAUCCCUACCCUGUAAAAAUGCGUAUAGGAGGACCUACUAAGUCGUGGGAAGAAUUAGAGAGAAAAAGGUGAGAUAAAAAGCAGGGUGGGAUUUUGUUUUUGAUUUCUGUUGGAUUUUUUUAGGCAGAGUUUAUUUCCUUUUUCUUUUCUUUUGUUUCUUGGUUUGGCUUCAGACUUAACUCUGUUUGAUGAGUUCUUUAGAAUCUGAGGAGAUGGUCUUGGCCUCAUUUCCUU